AUCAUUGUCUUCGUCUCACUCGUCUCUCUCUGACAAUUUCCGAGUCCUUCUAUAUUCCAAUGGCUUCUACAAAGGUCAACAAUCGAGGUUCGCCUGGAUCAAAAAGGUUUCGAAACGACGCUUCACGUAAAGAUGGAGAUUGGACCUGUCCUAAUUGUGGGAACUUAAACUUUUCUUUUAGAACUGUUUGCAACCAGGGACGCUGUGGUGCCCCAAGACCACCCCUAACUCCACCUGCCCCAAUUAUAAGCCCGUAUAGAAACAGUCAUCCCUUCUACUAUGGUGGUGUCGGCAUUCCUCCUCCAUCAUAUGGAAUGCCAAGUCAGUUUGGAUCCCCAAUACCUCAUCCUGGCAUACAGUAUGAUUAUGGUCUGUAUGCUAGGGCUCGUGCUCCAUACAGUCCAUUGCCCAUGUUCCCACCUGCAAGCUUUGGAGGUAUUAAUUAUGGUCCAAGGCCUAGAAUUGAUGGCUAUGGCUAUGGCUAUGGUUUUCAAAGUCCUCCUCCUCCAUGGGUUGAAGGAUUAAUAGCUGAUAAUUUUGCAUCUCGAAAACGCAGAGGAGGACCAGAUGGUUUAUUUGAAGGGGACUGGAUUUGUCCGAAGUGUGACAAUGUUAACUUUUCCUUUAGAACCACUUGCAACAUCAAACACUGUGGAGUUGUCAAACCUAACUCAAACAAACCAAAUGCAGCAGUUGUUCCUGAAGGUAGUUGGACUUGUGAAAAAUGCAGUAACCUCAACUAUCCCUUUCGAAAUGUAUGCAACCGCAAAGACUGUAGAACUGAGAAAACAGUUUCUGCCUAGUGACAUCUCUAUAUUGUAAAUUGAGGCUUCAGUGCAUUUGUCUCCUUUUAUAAAAGAAAAUUACUCUUAAGUGAACAUGAAUUAGAUAGCCGGAAAUCUUAAGGGAUAGGUUUCCCCUACAGAUAAUUUUGCCUUGAUUAUUGAUGGCAAUUCUUUUUUGGUUAAUUUAAUAUGACAAUUUAUAUUGAACUGAUUAUUAGAUGGUAAAUAAUAUCUCUGGAUAUUUAGUUUUUAUCAA